UCACGCAGCCUAGUGAAGCGUCAACAGCGUUCCCUAUGGACGAAGAAAGCUGCGCUGAAGUCCCGACCGCAGGUGGGGUUCUUCCUCUGGCGUCUCUGCGGCUGCUGGUUCCUCCGCUGCACCUGAUGUCUGCCUUCAUGUGGCAGGUGCUGCAGCAGAAGAGCGUGAUGCAUUAUGGGAAGCUGGAGGAGUUUGUUUCCAUGGUGACGGAGACGCUGCCGCAGCUGCUGGGCUACAGACAGAGAGUGCAGCUGAUGCUGGGUCUGAGAGCCAGGAUGGUGUUGGAGUUGUGUCGUGGUGCAGUCAGUGUCAGAUCCGUGCAGCUCCAUCUGGACAAAAUACAGAUUCCAGCAGCUCUGCCUGGACACCCGGCUCCUGAUGCUGAUCUGAGAACAUCCCUCACUAACUUCAGAGCUCUGGUUCUGGCGCUGCUGAAGGACCCGGUGGAGAAAGCCUAUUUCUUCCAGGAGGUGUUUCCGGUGGAAUAUGGAGCGCGCUUCGACACGGCGCUGAAGGAGCUGAUGUGGGAGCUGCUCUCCUGUCUGGAGAAACUGCUUCCUGUGCCAGGCUUUCAGAAAACGCUGGCGUGGCUCAAUCCUGCUCCCACUGGUCUGGAGGACUGUAUGCAGAGCGACCCGAACGACCUGCGCCGCCUCCUGCAGCAGCACCAACUGUUUGGAGCUGCAGAAACUCACAGCUGGCAGAAAGUGGGAGCUCUUCCUCGCUCCUCUGGCGACUGCAUCGUCUCCUCUAUAUCCAUCCCUCCGUCUGCACGCAUGGCUGUCGCUUCGGAGACGCUUCUGUACCACAUCCAGCCGUCGUCAGCCGCUCUGGGUCAGCUGGGCUCGGACACCAUCAUCGUCACAGACUACACAGAGGUGGAGCUCAGCAGCCAGGAGGAGUCCGAGGAGCUGAUGGAGAAGAGCGUGGAGGUGCUGCUCGUAGACCAGAGUCCUGCUGUAUCUGCGGAACAACCUGUGCUUUUCACUGACAAACCAACACAAGCUGAUGUUUCUCACGGAGCUGCGAGCGACGCCCCAGCGACAGCAUCCCAUAAUGAGACGCAGAGUGACGACAAUCUACGGGACGAAGUCUUGACGGAUGAAUCCAACCAGCUGACCCCAAACGACUGUCCUGGGUCUGCACCACAGGAAGUCAAAACGCCCGAAUCCGACGUUGACCAGAAACCGCCGCAGCGGAGAGGCCGAGGAAGACCGAGAAAAACUACAGAGACGACUGACCAAACAAUCGUGGUAAAAACACCACGUCGACGAGAACGACCGGUUAAACUGGAGAACAGUGCAGAGGAAUGGAGUGCCGUCUCACCACAUGGAGAGCGUAAAGGUAACGUUGUGCUUUCACUACACAUACAGCAGAUGCAAAAGCUAUUUGACCACAACUUGUGUUCUCUCUCAGGAGCUCUUCCUCGCUCCUCUGGCGACUGCAUCGUCUCCUCUAUAUCCAUCCCUCCGUCUGCACGCAUGGCUGUCGCUUCGGAGACGCUUCUGUACCACAUCCAGCCGUCGUCAGCCGCUCUGGGUCAGCUGGGCUCGGACACCAUCAUCGUCACAGACUACACAGAGGUGGAGCUCAGCAGCCAGGAGGAGUCCGAGGAGCUGAUGGAGAAGAGCGUGGAGGUGCUGCUCGUAGACCAGAGUCCUGCUGUAUCUGUGGAACAACCUGUGCUUUUCACUGACAAACCAACACAAGCUGAUGUUUCUCACGGAGCUGCGAGCGACGCCCCAGCGACAGCAUCCCAUAAUGAGACGCAGAGUGACGACAAUCUACGGGACGAAGUCUUGACGGAUGAAUCCAACCAGCUGACCCCAAACGACUGUCCUGGGUCUGCACCACAGGAAGUCAAAACGCCCGAAUCCGACGUUGACCAGAAACCGCCGCAGCGGAGAGGCCGAGGAAGACCGAGAAAAACUACAGAGACGACUGACCAAACAAUCGUGGUAAAAACACCACGUCGACGAGAACGACCGGUUAAACUGGAGAACAGUGCAGAGGAAUGGAGUGCCGUCUCACCACAUGGAGAGCGUAAAGAUGGCUCUGACGAGCCGCCCAGCAGACCUGAAACGCCUGCGAACGGAGCAGAAACUUCUACCGGCCCAUAUCGCACACGGAAAACCUGCAAAACUGAGCCGCCACCCACCGACAACCCUCGCGCUCGGCACGCAUGCGACACCUGCGGCAAGAAGUUCACGCGCAGGUCCGAUGUCCAGCGGCACCAGCUGACACACACGGGCGAGCGUCCCUUCCACUGCAGCCUGUGCGAGAAGACGUUCCAGCACGCCUGGGAUCUGACCAAACACUGCCGCAAGAUGCACGGCGAGGCCAGCUUCACCUGCCGGAUCUGCCAGAGCGCCUUCGCCAACUUGCGCCUGCUGACGGCGCACCACAAGAAGAGCCACGCUGGCGAGCUCCCGCACUACUGCUCCAUCUGCGGCGAGGCCAGUCCCACGGUCAGCGCGCUCGUGACACACCGCAAGACCCACAGCGCCACGCAGCAGUACCGCUGCGACCAGUGCGGCGAGGGCUUCGACACGCUGCUGCAGAGAUCCCUGCACCGUCAGAGCCACCGCAGGCGCCACCAGUUCAAAUGCCCGCAGUGCGAGAAAACCUUCACGCGCCGCACCGAUGUCAAGAGACACCAGCUGAGCCACACAGGCGAGCGCCCGCAUCAGUGCUCUGUCUGCGGGAAGCGCUUCGGGCUCCGCGCCGGGCUCCAGAAACACCUGGUGACGCACACCGGCGAGCGUCCGUUCCGCUGUCCGCACUGCAUGAAGAGUUUCACGCAGCUUUCCAUCCUGCGCCGGCAUGAGCGCAUGCACACCGGCGAGCGGCCCUACCUCUGCUCACAGUGCGGGAAGCGCUUUCUGUCACUCGGGGAGCUCAUCAAACAUGAUAAAACGCAUGCAGACGAGCGGCCGCAUUCGUGCCCGCAGUGCCACAAGAGCUUCAAGUUCAAGCGCGCUCUCCAGGAGCACCUGCUUUCGCACAGCGGCGCGCGGCCGUUCCCCUGCGUCUACUGCGGGAAGAUGUUUGCCAAGCCCUUCGCUCUGACCAGACACCACCUGAUCCACACCGGCGAGAGGCCCUUCUCCUGCGGUCACUGCGAGCGCACCUUCCUGACCUCCACCGAGCUGGCACUGCACGAGCGCAUCCACACCGGCGAGCGGCCCUUCUGCUGCGUUGCGUGUCCCCGGCGCUUCCGCAGCUCCUCGGAGCUCGCCAGACACCGCCGCAGUCACUCGCAGGAGCGGCCCUACCGCUGUGCAUACUGCCCCAAAGCCUUCGCCAGCGCCGCCAAACUCAAGAACCACACCAGGGUCCACACGGGCGAGAGCAAACCCAAACGCCCCGCCGUGACGGAAGUAAGCGUUAUUUUAGAGUAAAUGGCCAUUCAUUCGGAAAGAAAAGCCUUUAUUGUGUGAUGCGUGUAUAGUGUCUGUGUGAUUAGAGCUGCUUCUGUUGAUGUGACUGCACUGUAUUCAACACUGACCAUUAUGGAUAAAGAAUUUUAUACCAUAUGUAACCAUAUUAAAUUGUCAUUAGUUCUCAACUCAAGAACAGGCACUUCAUCAUCUUUAAUGUGAAACUGAAGAAGACUUUCAGAGGAGCUCAUAUGCAGUCGGACUGUGAAAUGAGAAGCUUCUCUCUUCAUGUGGUUCAGAUGGAGCUGCAGGUGCUUUAUGUUCUUGAGUCAUUUAUAUCUGCAGUAGCGUAAGGGUUUAUUUUAUUAUGCAUUUUUUCAAAAGUCUAUUCAUUGGAGUUGUCCUUUAUCAAAAUACAAGCAGUACAGAAA